CUCUCUCUCUCUCUCUCUGUGCGUGUGUCUCCCUCUCUCUAACAGUAGUGUUGGUUGGAGUUUGAAGGAGGAAUAAUUGCGAGCAUAAUGGCAGAAAUUCUGAGUGAAGAACAGAUUGUGGAGUUCAAAGAAGCUUUUUGCUUGUUUGAUAAAGAUGGAGAUGGUUGCAUUACAUUGGAGGAACUGGCGACAGUGAUUCGGUCAUUGGAUCAGAAUCCUACAGAUGAAGAGCUUCAGGAUAUGAUCAGCGAGGUCGAUGCAGACGGCAAUGGAACCAUAGAAUUCGCUGAGUUCUUGACCCUCAUGGCCAAAAAGAUGAAGACUGAUGCAGAGGAGGAACUGAAGGAGGCGUUCAAGGUUUUUGACAAAGAUCAAAAUGGCUAUAUAUCAGCAAGUGAGCUGAGGCAUGUGAUGAUAAACCUAGGAGAGAAAUUAACAGACGAGGAGGUGGAUCAAAUGAUAAAAGAAGCUGAUUUAGAUGGUGAUGGUCAAGUUAAUUUCGAUGAAUUUGUCAAGCUGAUGACCACCAUUGGUUGAAAAAUCUCAUCAAUCUCAAUUUAUUUCCAAAUUAUAUUUCUUAUUCAUAUAUGCUUUAUUUCCCUUAAUUAAAUGUAUUAUUGUUGUUGUUUUUUUUAUGUCCAUUUUUUGUUGUAUUUUAGUAUUUUACUUGUAGCCCAUUAUGUGAAUGACCCAGAAUUUAGUGUCACUCCAAAACCAGCAUUUGACUGUUCAACUUCUAGCUUCUAAGUCAUAAAUUUACUGGAUAUUAUAUUCUUUUAUUUCAUA